AUGGCUAUCUCCGACAACACCAAAAGCACCAUCCACGAGGAUUACUCGAAAUUACACGAAAUGAUGGAGAACGGGGCCAACGAGGCUUCAAGCUACCUCGACUCGCUUAAAUCGAAAUUCACCGAAUAUGACAACUCAAACAAGUCUGCAAAGGAGACUACUACAACUUACUUUCAAAGUGCGAUGGACCGUGCUAGAGCAUCGGUGGACGAAUUUAAGAAAUCCGGCGAAAGUCUUCGUAAAGAAGGCAACAACGCAUCGGAUCAUGCUGUCAACGCUGCUAAGCGCUCUAUGGAGCAGACGGGAUCAGCACUUGACAACCUCAGCAAGUCCGCUCAGGAUUAUGACCAGAAGAUGCGCGAAUCUGUCAGCUCGCACGUGGACCAAGCCAAGGACAGCGGUUCCUCAACGCUUUCGUCCUUGCAAAAUUCGAUUUCAUCUCUUAUCAGCAGUACCCGCGAUUCAACAUUUCAUGGAUUUGAGGCGCUGCAAAACCAAUUUGCAGCUACCCAGAAGUCGAUGGGGGAGAAGGCAUCCGCAGCUGCCAAUGGAAUAUCUAACAAGGCGUCGGAGGUAUCGGAUAAACUCAAUCCGUCGGACUCGAAGCUGAACACCAGCGACAAUGAGUCUUUGAUGGACCGUGCGACAGGAGCAGUGUCGUCGGGAGUAAACUAUGUGACGAGUAAGUUCCAAAAUUCAACUCCGGAAGACGACGUGAAGUCGGCUUUCAAAACCUCGUAG